AUGUUUUGCAUUCACUGGCUACUACUCCAUUCGAUGCGGAGAGAUUUUUCCCCUGCCCAAGAACUGCGUGACGAGAAUUCUUAUUCCUGUCGUGUUUCACUUCUUCUUCUUCUUCUUUUUCUUCUUCUUCCUCCUCCUCCUCCCCCUUUCUUCUUCUUCUUCUUCUUCUUCUUCUUCUUCUUCUUCUUCUUCUUCUAUUUAGAUUUAUUAGCCUAUCUAUCUAUCUAUCUAUCUAUCUAUCUAUCUAUCUAUGUUCUUUGUUCAUAUCUAUCUAUCUAUCUAUCUAUCUAUCUAUCUAUCUAUCUAUGUUCGUCUGUUCAUAUCUAUCUAGCUAGCUCAGUUUGUUCAUAUCUAUCCCAGCCUGUUCAUGUCUGUCUGUCUGUCUAUCUAUCUAUCUAUCUAUCUAUCUAUCUAUCUAUCUAUCUAUCUGUAUGUAUGUAUGUAUGUCUAUCGUAG